AAGGAACACCCUCUCAGGCUCAACUAGAUUCUCAGAGAGCAGUGGACAGAUAACAAUUCAAAAUGCUGCAUCAUUUUCUGGUACUCUCUGCCCUUUGUGCCAUGAGCAUGACCAUGCCUUUACCCGAUUUUUACUCAUACUCCCCUGCUGCUGGGGAUGGCAGUGGAACCGAAUUUUCCACUGCACACGAGGGUCGCAUCACUGGAGUCAGAGUUUAUGAAUAUCCCCACUAUGGAUACUACUACAACAACUACCUCAAUGGGAUCCAGUUGAUGUAUAACAGUAACUGGACAGAAUUGGUUGGCAUAAACUCAUAUGGCAAUGAAAAAGAGAUGACACUCUUCAACAAUGAACAUUUUGUUCAGAUCUCAGGAAAGUAUUAUUCUGGUUACAUCAGUGAGCUUAUGUUUGUCACUAACGAGGGGCGCUCCUUUAAAGUGGGGCAGCCUUACGGAAUUUCAUUCAACUUCUACCCAACCCACGAUGGAAGUGAACUGCGCUUCAUCAGCGGUCGUCAGAAUGGAUUUGCCCUAACCUCCAUUGGGGCUCAUUGGGCUGUCUACGACAAUUCCCCUUCAUAAUGUCAGAAAUAUCUCACUGGUUACACAUUUUGUGUGUAUGUGAGGAAAAGGCCAGUUAACAAGUAGCGGGUUUUUCCUGAGCUCUUUAUGAGGGAUGAGAUUUUGGGAC